GAUAAAGACAGAAAAGGUUAUCAAAAACGAAAGACGAAAUGGAGAAAAUUCUAGAGAGAGAAACGCAAGGUGUGAAAAUGGCGGACUUGUGGUCUAGGGCAUCACCAUCACAAUCAUCACCGUCCACCCAUUCCUUGCUUGAUGUUGAUGUUGAUGUUGAUGUUGAUGGCGAUUUGUUGUCCGCUUGGGAAAUCAUCGACCCAUCUGAUGAUGAAGUCUACUCUUUCGACGAUGAUGAUGGGUUUGGGUUCUUUUCUCCCGACCUCUCUGCAAAGUCUUUACCAGACCAUCUCGUCAGUGACCACCAUGAUGAUGAUGGAGUUCCUGAUGUGGUGGUGAAGGAUGAGCCUAUAAUUGAACAAUACAAAGUUGAUGUUGAUGUUGAUGUUGACGUUGACGAUAGCGAUGAUGAUGAUGAUGAUGAUGGGUAUGAAUUGGAUGAUGAGUUAGUGCCCAAGUGUGUGAGCGAUCGAUUUGGGAGGCAAAGAUUGAGGAAAUUGGGGAAGAGGGCUUACCCGAAGAUGAACAAGUCGAAACGAUUGCCCUAUUAUUACAAUAGGCCUGGUUGCGUCCAUGGAAAGCAUGGUCUGGGUCUGAAGCACAGCAUCAUCUAGGUGACUGAUAAUUUGUUGAAUUCUUCCAACAAUGGUGAUCUGGUGGUGUUCUGAAAUUAGGUGUUAGUAGUUCUUCUACUAUUCAGUGAUUAGGUAAAUUCUAAUUUGGGCCUCUUUGUUUCCCUUUUACGUAAUGAUUUAUAUGGGUUUGGACGUUGGAUAUAUAUAUGAAAAUUUAUCUAUUUGAUGUGUUUCA